AUGCCAAACACUGCGGACGAUACGAGCGCCUCGUCGGCUAAGCGAACCGACAACGGCGCGCCGCUCAUGGGAUCGCCCUCGGCGAGCCUUCGGACGCCAGACCAGACCGUCACCACGGCGGACGACGACAUGCUGACGGUGGACUUUUCGUCGACGCCCCUCGCGGGAGCUGCUCGCGCCGCCAGGCUUCGCCAGAUGACUGAGAAACAUCCCGCAUUCGAAAAUUGCCAGCGCAUCCAGCGCAUCCUCGCAGCCGUGCAAAGCGCCAUCCUCCGCACCGCGCCGGCGGGCGUGGAGUCCGCCUCGCUCGCCAACCAACUCCACGAUGUCGGUACACUCGUCAACCAGGAGACGGCGCAGCUCGUCGAGGCGGUGGUGACCUUGAGCCUGGACCAGGAGGACACGGACAAGGCCAUCGCACGCAUCAGCAUCUCGGCGAACCUCGCGAGCGCCAGGACGGACGACCAGGCGCAGACCAUCAGCCAGCUCACUGCCGAGCUGGCUGCCGAGAAGACCAAGUGCGAACAGGCGGAGGCGAGCGCCAAGAAGACGGGGGCGGUCCUUGAAGAGCUCAUGACAGAGGUGAAAGUGAUCAAGGAUACUAUGACGGAUGCCUGGCAGACGAGCCCGUCCCAGGCUGGGCUGGUCAAGGUGAGCAAGCUGGGUGGCAGCGGCACCAUGACCACUGCCGAAUGUCUAGGGACUCACAUGAAUAUGCAGGUUCUGGCCCCGUCCAUCGACAGCAUUGAGCGGCAGCUCUAUGCAAAUAUUCCCCCGGGAGCCAACGAGGCAAGCAGCACUCCCCUCGCCAGUUCCCUAUUCACCUCAGAGCCCGCCCGGACUUCACGUGCACAGAGAGCCGCAUCUCCUAUCAAAGAGGAAGAGGAUGGCCCGACGGCCGGCGCCUUCGAGAGGCAGACCCGAGACUUGGGUUUGAUCUCCCGCUCAACUUUUGAAAACGUGCCGAUCCGCCCUGCUACAGCGUUCCAGCCCAUGGCUCGCUCGCCGCCCGUUCUCGCACCACCCAGGUUCGGAAACGCUCUCCAAGCCCAAGGCAUGCCUCCGCGUGGCCCCUCUGCGCUCUCGCAGGAGCGUCGCCUCGCCCCCCGGAAUAUGGGACAGCAAGCGUACCGCGCCGUCUCGGGAGGGAACGCGAGCAACGUGACGAACUCGGCAUUCGCGCCUCUCACCGCGCCUGGGCCUGGCAACUUUCAGCCGCUCCCGCGAUACCGUCCCACCGCGCCAGAGUUCUACCCCUCGACGAGCUUCGCCACGGCUCAAGCUCAACCUCAGGGUGGUGUUGCCAUCACCCGCCCUGGCAGUGCGUUCGGCCACCGCUCCCAGCUCCAAGUCACGACGCCCACGUCCGGUGGCCGCAACAGGAGCAACAGCCGCUACGGCCGCGCCCCGGAGAGCAUCCCUGCCGGAAACAUUGAGUCCCCCUCUCCAUCGUUUGCCCUCAUGUCCCGCGCCUCCAGCAGCAACCUCGCCAGGCCCAUCGCCGCGGCACCCAACCAGCUUACGCCGCAGGUCGUCUCUGCGUGGAACGAGCGCAUCAUGGACUUUUACGGCAAAAUCCGCACCUUCGUUGAGCGGCACGCCUCGGACGCUGAGCGCGGGCCCCUGGCACACGUGGCGGGAACGAGUCUCUGGCACACGCUGCUGGCCACGUACCGCCCCCUUUCCGAUUCGGAGGCGGCGUCGUAUCUUGAGUUUCACCUCCGCAACGAAAACUCCAAGGCAUGCGUCGUGACGCGCCUGAUCAUUGACUAUGUCGUUAACCGCGUGUGGGUGCCUGUCGCGUGGGCGGGCUCAGACAGCCAGACGACUUGUGAGUUGAUGGACUUGAGCCACGAGCUUGAGGCCACGGCGGGCCAGCCGUCGUCAGCGCGCCAGCCCCUGCUCAACCGCCAGGCGGCGAUCAUAAACCACGUGCUCAGGAACGAACAAGGCACUACGUUGCACCAGUCCCGCGUCUCUGAGACGACGCGCUCGCUGUACGCAGCUCUCCAGCCGCUCAUGAACAAGCACAGUGGCAUCAACAGCGCUAUGUCCGCCGCAGCAGCAGUGGAGGAGGCGCGGUGCGACCUCGCUGCCGUGGCCGAGUCUGCGUGGGACAUCUCGGCCAAGAUGUUGACGAGCCGACUGAUGUUCGACUUCCGCUUCCCCGAGAUCAGUAGCCGCUUCUCGUCGCAGAGCAUGCUGCCCAUCUGGCCGCACACUGAUCCCGCGGAGCUGCAGGCCAAGCACUUUCGGGUCGCGCUCGUCGCGACGCCCGUCAUUACGUGCCGCAACGAGACGGGCAUGGGGAUCUCGGCGCACUCGAUUGCGCUGGCCGAUGUCUUCUGCAUGCAGUAG